GACAGGGGGCGCGCACGGGGGGCGCGCGCGCGGGGGCGGGCUUCGUACCGCCGACACAGGAAGAAAGAAAGAAAGAAAGAAAAAGAAAGAGAGCAGAAGGAGAAACAAGUCCUGGCCCUGAGGAACGCCAGCAAUUUAUUUGUUGUUCCCGCUUUUUCCGUCAGCCCCGUCGAGGUUCUGACAAGAUGUAAACUUGGUCCACCGCGGGGGCUGCGAGAUGUUCUAGAAGAGGUCGCGCAAGGCGAGGAGGCUCCACACUGAUGGCGUGCGCCGAGCUCAACGUGGUCGGCGUGUCCGAAGGGGGCCCCCAGACGCAGGCCGCUGAAAAAGUCUCCAGCGAUGAAGAGAUCUUCGAAGCCCGCCAGGAGCAAGACCGGGACCGGGACCGGGACCGGCGCCCGGGGGAGGAAAGUCCGGAUCUGGAGAGUGACUUGUUGCAGAGCCACGGGGAUCACGCCGAGUUGGCGCCUCGGCGCCUCCCGCCGCCCGACUUCCCGGAGUCGCUGUACGAGUUGCUGUGCACGCUGCAGGAGGGCCGGCGCCUCAACGACCAGCGAUGCUCCUUCGUGCUGGGGGGCGACGGCGCGACGGCGACCAGGAGGAGGUGCCACUCCGAGCCCAACGCCGCCAAGCCCACGCACAGAGUGAUCUUCUCGUCCAUGACGUCGCUGCAGCGUGAGGAAUUUUUCGAGCUGGUGGCGAAGGCGCAGGCUCGUCGGCUGGACGAGCAGCGGGCGCAGCUGCGGAGGUCGCCGCGAGGCAGGCAGAAAAGUCGAAGCUUCCGAGGGAGUCUCAAGCAGCUCUCGUUGACCAGGAGAGUCCCCAAGGUGCCCCCCAAAGAGGAGCUCUACAACAUGAUCCUCACCACGCAGGCCCAAGGCAGGCUGGAGGAUCAGCGCAGCAGGGCCCCCGGCCCCAUGGACGACGACGACUUCUUCUCGCUGCUGCUGAAGGUCCAGGGGGGGCGCAUGGACGAGCAGAGGACUGAACUGCCUUCCAUGCUGCAAACAUGACGAGGGCGAUGCGGACGACCCCCAAAAAUGUGAACCGUCCUUUUGCUUUCUUCACAAGUACUGCACAGCCUAAAAAAUGUCAUUAAAGAAAAAGUGACGUGAACUCACCUCUCGCGCUU